AUGGUCCAACCUCGCCAGGUGACUGAGAGUCAACAUGACCUCGUCAAACCCAGGAAGCUGCCAAAUCCCAUCCUGGCUUCUCACCAACACAGCGCCCUUCACCGAGAGCUGCUCUUCUGCCACAGACGAGGUCUCCUGACGAGAAAAAAGUCAGAGCUGCAGCAUUUGCUGGAACACAAACAGAGAGAGCAGCACAAGCAGGGGGAGCUGGCCCUCCAUUUUCCCUCCGACUUGGAGGUGAAGCAAUGCAGAAGGCAGCAGAGAGUACAAGUCAUGUUUCCUGUCUUGCAAUGUGAGCUGGAGGAGAAGAAGAGGAACGAGAGCCCACAAAAUGCACUGGAGUUCGUCCGUGCCAGAGGAACCUUGAAGCUUGUCCAAACGUUUUCAUCGUGAUAACCAGAGCUACAGGAACACAGGUUUCUCUGCUAUUGUUAGUCAUCAGGAGGAUCAUCUUCAGUUGACAACUGGAGCCCUGACAGAUACUGAUAACAGAGUACCAAAUCUAUGUCAGAAAAUGUAUGACUUGCAGUAUGAGAUUUUGUAAUUUUCAGAUUGGAAAAAAAUCUAAAACUAAUCAGUCCUAUUUUGCGAGUAAUUUCCAACACCACCAAGUAAGCAUGAUUGAUUGUGUGAUUUCAGAUUGGAGUGGACUUGUCUUAUAAAAUUCAAGUGUAAAAGGCUUCAAGUGGUUCCUUU